CUCCACUCCAAGUAAACAAAGAAAAUCCAAACACUUUGUAGGGGGCUUCCUAGGGGUGAACUAGCCGUCGAUUUCAGCAUCGCGACACUCAACGACAUGAAGCCAUAGCGAACCAAAGGACCUACGAGUACGACUACCAAAAUGCCACGCCUCAUCCGUCGAAAGCCGCUCCUCGAGCGCAUCAAGGAUUACCUCCAUCCAGGCGAUUUUCUCCUAUGGUUGUCGGAAGAGAUCGAAACCAGGGACUGGGACUCCAAAGCAUUUGCAGGUCCCUUCGCUUUGGGGUUACAUGUUGUCUUUCUUAUUUCUAGGGCCAAUUCGGGGGUGUCUAGUGGCUGGGGAGGCGACGAUGUGUUUGGGGAGGACUCUUCUGGCUCUGGCUGGCUGGCGUAUAUUGUAAGAACUCCUUACCGAUCAAACAGAGAAUCAUGCUAAUCUUUCGCCGCAGCUAAGUUUCUUCGUCUAUGUAUUGACGGCCUUUUCACUCCUGAAUGCCGCAUACACCUUCAACCGAACGAAGAACUACCGCCUAUUCGAAAGUGCCAUCGAAACUCCUCAGGACACUCCCUCGGCCCAUCGAGUUCGUGUCGAUUCGUCUCCAGCUUCCUCCUCACCCCUUCGAUUCCUUACAAGCAUACUUGGAGACACCACACCUGAAUCGAGGGCACACCCUGAUCCAACCCGGGAUGUUUGGGAGAUUUCGGUGUGGGAUCCAAUCCCAGUUUGCCUCCGUUUGUCUUGCUUGUUUAGCCCCGGCCAUGUCCUCGUUUACUGGUUGUUUUUGCCUACGCAUGUAUCGGAUCCAAGGCCAAGUAUGACAGUAUUUACUGCCAUCGUUUUGCAAUUCCUGUUGUCAUCACAAUUGCUUCUCCUGCAAAAUUCCUUCUCUCAGCAAGAAAAGGACUCCGCGAUUAUUCAGCGGGAGGUGUUGAGCGAAUACGAUAUCAAGUUCGUUCACCCACGAUUAAACCCAAUGAUGCGUGAUGUUGGGACCCAAUACGACGGACCUCUAGAGAGUGGCGAGGAGGACUACGGAGAUGUAGACACUUACACUCCAGCCGUCACAAUCAAGCGUGGCUUCCGACCAAAUCCCAAUCCAAACUAUGCCAAACACAUCGACCCAGACAACACGGAAAACUUCUCUCGACAAAGUCUGACUCCAACGCGACCAACCUACGCAUCUCCAACUGCUCCAUCUCCAUACACACCGUCUGCAUAUGGCUCACAGGAACCCGGUGUAUUCUCGAAUAUGACGCCCCGACAACCUCCGCUUCGACAGCCUCAAUUUAGACCGAAUAUGUCAAGUAAUAUGUCAAGGGGUGACGGUGGAAGUCUAGGAGCAUUCAGCCAUGCCCAAUCGCCACUUAGGAAAUCGACUAGCAUGCACAUUAUGGGAAGCACCCCAGCAGAGACACCCAGAAACUCCAUUGAGAUGGCAGCACGUGAGCAAGGCGAACACAAAAUGAUUCGCCCAAAGAAAAGACUAAGCGAUGCUCAUCGAGCAUUUCUUGGUCUCGAGCCAAAAAUGGGUACACCACAUGCUUCUUCUAUUGAUAAUGCUCUAUCCGGGCAGGGUGGCAGUAGUCCGUACAAGAGGUUUCCCUCUCGAUUCUAGAUUUCUUUACCUUGUUGGUGUUUUGUUGUUGUUUGUUUAGUUAUACCCCCUCGCUGCUAGAUUUGAAUUCAGAGGGAAAUGGAUGGGAUGAAUUAUUGAUGCAUGAAUGAUUGAUUGAUUCCAACCUUUGGAUUGUUCGUUUUCCUUUUUCAUGGUAGGUAUGUAGGAAUAAAAGUCAGGGUUCUCUGGUCUGAAGGUUCUUUUAAAUUUGUUUUUUUGCUUCUCAUGAUUUGCUUGUGGGCUUAUGGCGUUAUUAUUCUGUGUAUGAGCUGUUUCUUUUCUUUAGUGAAUUGACAUGCGAGUCGUGGGUUGCCUUGUUUUCUUUUGGGAUUUUGGGGUGUUUUUGGUGCUGGUUUUUCUUUUUUAAUUUUGACUUGGGUCACUUGGGUUAUCAUUCAUCUAUACUGCAUUUUCAUGUUUCAUGUCUUCGCUUGCUUCAUCCUUCAAUUCACUCUUCUUCAAUUCACCGGGAUUAUGAAUGGGGGUUCUUUGCUGGAUGAUGGCUUUUAAUCUCUCGUUUAUGGGGAUUCUUUAUCUUGACACGGAAUGUUCGGAUGAACAUCGCAACUUUUGAUGGAUCUCCUCCCCUUACCUUGGGCUUGGAAAUUGUCUGGGUUUCAAUUGAUGGAAUUGGGAAAUCGUGGUGUAGUGAUCUAAUUUUGGUUGGUCAUGAUGUCCUUUUAAUUUGAAUUCUUUUUGCUUUGCAAUUGUCUUCUGAAUUUCUACGAUGACCGGGUUUUGCGUGCUUACGGC